AUGGGCUUUCUGAGAUAUUCUGUCGUAUACACUUCGACUCAAGAAAAAAUCAAGAACAUUCGAAAACCAUGGGUAAAAGCGAUAAUUGGGAUUGAUUUGAUGAUUGGUUGGAUCUUGUUUUACAAUAUAGGAAAUAUCGAACGAAUACACAAUUAUUUCUGGUCUCACACCGGCGGCAUUGCGCGAUACCUAGAUGCGAUAAUUUCUUGGAUCGUCAGUAAUCCUGGAGGUUUGAAGUUGAAUGGGCCUGUGAAUACGACCCUUUCCACGUUUUUCGGUUAUCAUAUUUAUCUCUGGACAGCUUUUGUCAAUUUACUUCAAUCAGAGAUGUUCACAAGACUAAUCAUUUGCUCAUUUUCUUUCGGUCUUUCUUAUAUGUCUGCUGUCGUUUGCGAUUUCGCCAAAAUCAUCACACUCCAUUUUUAUUGUUUCGAUUCAUACGCAUCUAGACUUUGGAACUUGUCUUAUAUUGUAAUUCAAGAUUUGUGGGCAUUGACGCGAGGAAAAAAGUGGAAUCCGCUGAGAAAAAGGAUCGAUAAUGUAACACUCGAUUCCCGCGAGCAAUUUCUUUCAACCUCACUAUUCGUCAUUCUUUUAUUCAUUCUUCCAACGGUUCUCGUCUAUUUUGUGGUUUUUCGAACGCUCCGAUACUGCGUUUCGGUGAUUGACAUCUCACUGAGCUUACUUGCUCGUUGGCCUCUUGUGUUCACCAAAUUGGUUAUCAAGCGUGAUUAA